AUGUCGUUCUGCUUCAAUUUUGACGUAGAUGCACCAACAAACACGCAUGACAUGCUGGGAAAUGCAUCGUUAAAUGACAAGAUUGACCGUGUCGUGAAACCCGUGAAUGACAGUGGCAACCCAGAAGAAACCGUAAAAGAGGCCAAAGAACACUUUCCACCCUCUGAUCCUCAGCACCUACUCGAUGAUGCCAUUUCUGAAACCCUCACCAUCGGCACUCUUCCUCCCCUACACUUCUUGAACGAGACUGUUUUCGAGAAGACGAUCUAUGAGAGGGAGGACACGGAGAACGUUCUGUCCCGCACGGCCGAGCAGAGAUCUGACCUCAUCUCGGGAGUGUAUGAGGGGGGACUGAAGGUGUGGGAGUGCACGUAUGACCUCCUGGAAGUAAUCGAGAGGGAAGGCGAGACAUUCGGCGGCAAAGGCAUUUUGGACCUCGGCUGUGGUGCCGGGCUUUUGGGGAUUUUGUCCUUGAAGAGAGGAGCCAGUAAGGUUCACUUUCAGGAUUAUAACAGUACAGUCAUUGAGCAGCUCACCAUGUCUAAUGUCAUUAUCAAUUGCCAAGAUGAUGAUGGCGAGGAUGAUAAGCAAGGUAAAGGAAAAGGUAUAAGAAAAACCGACAAGGAAGACGACAAGUAUAAGACAAAAGCAAAACAUGACAGAAAAGAUCUGUUGCCAAGGUGCCGGUUCUUUUCUGGUGACUGGCGCACCUUUCUUACUUUGGUCUCAAGUCAAGACCCACCACUAAAAUAUGACAUUAUCAUGACUUCAGAGACAGUCUACAACACUGCUUAUUACCUUGCACUACACAACACCUUCCAUAAACUGUUGGCACCGCAGGGACGUGUCUACUUAGCAACCAAGUCCCACUAUUUUGGCGUGGGUGGUGGCCUGCACCUGUUUGAGACUUUUGUGGCAGAACAGGGAGUUUUCAAAGUGAAUCACUUGUGGGAUAGUGAAAACGGACUUCAGAGACACGUUGUCACUCUGCAUUUUAAAAAAGAAUUGCAAUAA